UCUUUACAGUGUCUAAUUUUAAGAGCCUUAGGUAGGUUUGAGUGCUAGAUUACAUAUAGUAGAUCUAUUAGAUUUAGAUUUACUCUUGCACAAUCGCCCUGAGCAACUUUACAUUCCCAAGCCGCUCUUACUCGCCAAUCUCUCUUCAAAGAUUCGAGUCCGAGAAAACCAGACAACUCGGCUUGGUUUGUUCAAGAUACCACGAUUAGCAUAUAAACAGGACAACACUACAAUGGGUCUUAGCAUCGACCAUCGUCAAGCUGGAUCACAGCCCUCAGGCGUCGAUACCGUUCAGGCCGCUGUUGAAUAUGCUGAACAAGCUGAAAAACUCUCCCUUCAGCCAAUUCAGAAUAAUCAACAUACAGAUACCAUUGCAGUCGAAGCCCAAUUCAUAACACCUCAAGAUCCGGUCAUUAUCACUGCUGAUGGAAACCGUCUACCUACUGUUCCACUCGAGCAAGCCCACAAAUUAAAUAUCCUGAAAGAAGAAUUGGCAGGCGAUUCUCCGAAGGAAGCCAUCAUCCAAGCCGAAAAGAGCACCCGGACACCCGCGGGAGCCGUCGGAAAUGCCACCCCAGAGUCUGCUGGUACCAAAACAGCUCACAAGUUAUCCGAGGGUUCGUUGCGGAGGUCAAUGCCACCAACAAACACUCACCCGUUGUUCCCUCCGCUUCCCUUGUAUGGCCCGCCAUCUUUACUCCGAAACAUACAUUGUUGGACCUUCCGAGCAACAUCGUUUUUCCUCAGCGCAGGCUUCCUGGGGGUGAUUGUUCUCGGUGCCUUAUUCACAAAUAUACCAAAGAUGUGUGGUACAGUUUGGAAACGCCUAACAUUUCGAGACCCCGCUGCCUCCAGACCGUUCUACGAAGAGGAAAUCCGAAGAGGGAAGUUGCGGAAAGAACUGGAAGAGUCCUGGAAGAGGCGAGGAUCUCUAGAUCGAGAGAAUCCUGACCAAGAAAAUGUCCAAGGAGACGAGCGUUACGUCCCGGCCGAAGGGGGUCCUGACCCCGUUAUUUGCGACGUUAGCUACUAUGCGAGGCGGGUAGGCCUUGACAUCGAAGAAUUUCAGGUACAAACCGAGGAUGGAUUUAUCAUUGAUCUAUGGCAUGUUUACGAUCCCCAUGAAUAUACGAGAUUAGAUGACCAAGAACGAGCAGACCGCGGCCCGGAAUUAUUCACAGGUGAUGUCAAAGGCAGCCAAAGCAACAAACGCCUAAGAGACUCGAGUCAAAAGAAGAAGUUCCCCGUCCUCUUGAUGCACGGUCUACUUCAAAGUUCGGGAGCUUAUUGUGUUAAUGACGACGACUCGUUGGCAUUCUACCUUUGCAAAUCAGGCUAUGACGUCUGGCUUGGGAACAACCGGUGCGGAUUCAAGCCCAAGCAUACCUUGUUGAAAUAUUCGGACCCGCGCAUGUGGUGCUGGAAUAUUAGGCAGAUGGGGGUGUUUGAUUUGGCUGCAUUGGUAUCGCGGGUCCUGUUCGAGACCGGGUUCGAGAAGAUCGGACUUGUCUGUCAUUCUCAAGGCACGACAGAAACCUUCGUGGCUCUCGCCAAGGAACAACGGCCCGAGCUUGGAGAAAAGCUCACAGUAUUUUGCGCCCUCGCGCCGGCAGCGUACGCAGGAUCCUUGAUUGGCAAGAUGUACUUCAAGUUCAUGCGUAUCAUAUCGCCCGAUCUCUUCAGAGUCAUGUUCGGCAUUCACGCGUUCAUACCUUUGAUGAUGACCAUGCAUUCCAUAAUGCCACCUGGCCUCUAUGGAUGGCUCGGCUACACGGUAUUCUCGUUUCUGUUCGACUGGACGGACAUUCGUUGGGACCGUGGCUUGAGAAACCGCAUGUUUCAGUUUGCUCCGGUAUAUGUGAGCGCCGAGUCGAUGCGCUGGUGGCUAGGUCGGGAAUGCUUCGCCAAACAUAAGUGCAUCCUUUCUACUAAAGAGGAAUGGCACAAUGAGGAGCAGGAGGAUGUGACGGGCGGGCCUCUUGCAGAAACGACGGGCCAAGAGAAAGGUACGGAUCUUACAAACAAUACCAAGACUAAGGAUCAGAACCGAAAGCCCAAAGGGAUGAAGGCCUGGUAUGAUAAGCGUGUUUGUCCAUUUGCGUUGUGGGUUGCAGGGAAUGAUAACCUCGUGGAUGGAAGAAGGUUACUUCGGCGUUUUGAGAAGGGAAGAGAGCCACACGCCAGGAUUGUUCACAGCAAGAUUAUUCCGGAAUAUGAGCACCUCGACGUCAUCUGGGCGAUGGACGCAGUGGACCAAGUCUUCAGCGAGAUUCGGGAGGUGUUAUGGAAGACGUGCAACGCCCGAGAAAAGUGCAGGGUACCAAAAGGCUGUGAUCAUGUGGAGGCCUGGGUAGCCGAGGAGGCCAAGGAUGAUGAUGAAGACGAUGAGCAGUCAAGCAGUGACUCGACUUAGUUAAUCCUUAAUUAUGUAAUGGAACAUGAUACCCGGGUUAGAAUACUUUUUUUUUUAAGAAGACGAAUAGACGAUAGGAAGGAUAUAGAAUGUUGGAAAUAUAUGGCAUCAUU